UCCCACCGCUUCGUCUUCCUCCUCCUCCCUGUCCACUUGCCUCUGCAUGCUCUCUCUCUCUCUCUCUCUCUCUCUCUCUCUCUCUCUCUAGCAAUUAGCAGCAUCUGGUUGCCUCAUGUGACAUUGCUCCUCGCAAAUUGUUGAUUUUCCUCAAGCUCUGAUUCGAGACGAAGGCGUCACGGACUAGCAGCUGACUCUAGAAGAUGGACGUACAAUACCAUGAGGAGUUCGUGAGGAACCCGCGGGGCGUGCAGCUCUUCACGUGCGGCUGGCUGCCGGCGUCAUCCUCGCCCAAGGCGCUCGUCUUCCUAUGCCAUGGUUACGGAAUGGAGUGCAGCGACUUCAUGAGAGCAUGUGGGAUCAAGUUGGCCACAGCAGGGUAUGGUGUGUUUGGGAUUGAUUAUGAGGGCCACGGCAAGUCUAUGGGGGCCAGGUGCUACAUCCAGAAGUUUGAAAACCUUGUGGCUGACUGCGAAAGGUUCUUCAAGUCCAUCUGUGCCAUGGAGGAUUACAGAAACAAAAGCCGGUUCUUAUACGGCGAGUCCAUGGGAGGAGCCGUUGCUCUACUGCUCCACAGGAAGGAUCCGACCUUCUGGGACGGUGCAGUCCUUGUGGCGCCAAUGUGCAAGAUAUCAGAGAAGGUGAAACCACAUCCAGUCGUGGUCACACUCCUGACGCAAGUGGAAGAGAUCAUCCCAAAGUGGAAGAUCGUCCCGACCAAAGACGUCAUCGACUCUGCAUUCAAGGACCCCGUGAAGCGCGAAAAAAUCAGGAAGAACAAGCUCAUCUACCAGGACAAGCCCCGGCUGAAGACAGCUCUGGAGCUGCUCAGAACCAGCAUGGAUGUGGAAGAUAGCCUGUCAGAGGUAAGGAUGCCGUUCUUCAUCCUGCACGGCGAGGCUGACACGGUGACCGACCCAGAGGUCAGCCGAGCCCUGUAUGAGAGGGCAGCAAGCACCGACAAGACCAUCAAGCUCUAUCCGGGGAUGUGGCACGGCCUUACCGCCGGUGAGCCCGAUGAGAAUGUGGAGCUGGUGUUCUCUGACAUUGUUUCGUGGCUUGAUGAGCGCAGUCGCCAUUGGAAACCUGAAGAGCGGGUAAGACCACCAUCAGAGCCCGAGAAGCUCCACCAGACGGCGCCCACAAAGAUCACCCGCGUUGCCAGCAGCGGCGGCACAGAGAGUCCGGUGCCAGCACAUGACCAGCCUCAACGGCGCAGCAGCUUCCUCUGUGGACUAGGCCGCCGACCAUACCAGCAGCAAUGUAGGAUGUAGAUACGGAAAAACAUUUCUAUUGAUCAGUUGUUCACUAAGAACUGUACAUGGCAUAAUUAACAGGUAUAAUGGUGAUGUAAACAGUAUGCUGAACUGAUGCUCAAUAAAAUUUUGUUGCAUCAUCAGAA